UGGCCAUCGUUCGUUGGGUCCGCCGACGCAAGGGUUGCCAAUCUGACGCUCUCUAUGCAAACACAUAGUCUACUCAACUGUCAGUUUCAUAUUUGAGCGGAACGUACGCAAAGUACCUGACGGGGCCAUUAAAAGGUACUGCACCUAAAAUUAGGUAUAUUUCCAAAGUGGGGGACUCCAGCUUUCCAAUGGUACCACUCUUGAUCGCCGAAUUGAGGGUCUCCAUUUCAAAGUGUACCCAUUUAAUAAAUUUCAAAUGAUUAUGUAUGUUUUCAAAUGCGCAGAUUUUUAUGCAGGUGAAGUCGGCAAGUUAUGCUGCAAUUGCUACAUCGAUACAAAAUAUCGAUAUUUUCCAUGGAUCGAUGUUUUUUCGACAUUCCUAGGCAUCACACUUUUGCUGUCAGUUUGGGCAGCGGGUUUUCGCUGUUUUGUUUAUUUGUGGGUGUAUUUACGUUUAAUGUAUUAUAUUUAGCGUUUUUACCAACUAAGGAGCAACUUCGAGAACUCAAAAGCAAACUGGCUGAACGCAAAUACUAUUUUACUGAUCAGCAAACGCAAGUGCUUCUGCAAACAAUAUGUGAUACAGUGAAAGAUCAACCUGCGUGCUUUGAGAAACCGACAUCAGAGAUAUUUUAUAAUACAAUCAAGAGCAAAGCGCCCAUUCUAAAAAAUUUUGCCUGGACAUCAUUGCGAAACAAGAUGCAAGCCAUACGGGCAUGGUACUUGGAGACUUUACAGUGGAAAGAGAAAGGCAUCGACCCUACAUUGGUGGUCAACUCCAAAAGAUUGCGUAAUAUCGUGAAGUAUGUUGAAAAGUUAUCGCCCUUUUGGGAUACGCUCGGUGUUCUUUUUAACCACAACAAAAUUGGUAGACCAAGUGUGGUGUAUGAUACCGCUCAAGACGUUGAGCUGAAAACAAGUACUUUCGAUAGUAGUUCCAACGAUUCAAAUGACGUUCAAUUAGUACUGAAGUAUGAGGCUACUGAUCCACAGUAUUCAACAUCGCAGAGCUCAUCCGAUUUUACAACAACGAUUGUCAACAGGAGCACCCUGGAGACUCAAACAAUGCCACAGAGCAUUAUGGAAGCUACACAAACCAUCGCUGAUAAUAGUGCAGCUACAACAACAACAACUCCGCACAAUACAGACGCUAGCAAUCGCAACGGUUUAAUUGACGACAAUUUAGAAUUUAUCAAGCUUGAGCCUGACAGUCCACAACCUUCAAUGUCACAGCGCUCAAUAAAUUUUAAAUUGAGUCCACGUGAGACUGCGCAACCAUUGCAAAAUUCGCAGUUGAUUAAAGAACAGAACUCAACAUUGGAAAAAGAAAAAAUAGAAUUGGAAAGUGAAAAGCUUAAAAUAGAAAGAGAAAAAUUAGAACUAGAAAAAGAAAAAGUGCGAAAUGAUUUUGAGCUGAAAAAAUUAGCAUUACAAAACGAAUUUGAGUUAAAAAAAGUCGAAAUUGCAUUACGCGUGGAAGCCGAUGAGAGAUUAAAAAGAUAUGAAAUUGACUUAAAAUCUUAUAUGUUGAUUUUCUACGCGAAUUCAUAUACGGUGGUAGAUUCUUCCUUCACUCCGUUACGUUACUUCCAUUAUAGCCAGAGAGGUAAGCUUUUAUUCUGCGUCUUGGGGAUGAAUUUCCAAAAUAAUUUCAAUGCGGUAGCAAAUACAUCAAAAACAAAUUCUAAUAACAAACGUGGUAACAUCGAAGCUAGAAUUGAAGCGCGACGAGCAUGGAGAAAGGCGUACAUGAAGAAAUAUCGGGCUCGAAAAAAACGUCAGACCGAUAUUGUACUCGAUCAAGUUAGUGCUAAAUUUUCGAGAGAUACAAGUGAAGAUUCAACGCCUAAUGAAUAUCUCGGUAUACUGCAGCAAAGAAAGAUGAAAGCACCUGCCCGCUCACGAGACUACCAAGAUCGGCAAAGAAAUAGGAACAGUGCUAAAGUACCCGCCUCCUUCCAAUCAAUAGAAACAGACACAAUAUCUGAGCCUGAUUCCUACCAUUCAAAUGACGGUAAAUUAGUGCUGAAGUUUGAGGCUGCGGUUCCGCAGUCUUCAACGUUGCAGGCCUCAUCCGAUUUUAAUACAACGAUUGCCAAUAGGAGCACCUUGGAGAGUCAUACAAUGCGACAGAGCAUUAUGGAAGUUACACAAACUCCCACUUACAAUAGUGUAGCUACAACAACAACCACUCAUAAUGCGCAUGCUAGUGAUCGCAACGAUUUAAUUGAUAAUAAUUUGGAAUUUAUCAAGCUUUGGCUUGGAAGUCCCCAACCUUCAACCUCGCAGAGUCCGUUUGACAGCGUGCAACAAUUGCAAAAUAUGGUUUUGAAUAAAGUACAGAAUUUAGCAUUAGAAAAAGAACAAGUACAAUUGGAAAGGGAAAAACUUAAAAUGGAAAGAGAAAAAUUUAAAUUAGAAAAAGACAAAGUGCGUAAUGAUUUUAAGUUGAAAAAAUUUGCAUUAAAAAACGAACUUGAAUUAAAAACAGCCGAAAUCGCAUUACGCGCAGAAGCCGAUGAGAGAUUAAAAAAAUAUGAAAUUUACUUAAAAUCUGUCCGCGUGUUCACUCCGUUACGUUACUUCCAAUAUAGCCAGAGGGGUAAGCUUUUAUUCGGCGUGUUGAGGAUGAAUUUCCAAAAUAAUUUCAAUGCGGUAUCAAAUACACCAAAAUCAAAUUCUGAUAGCAAACGUGGUAUCAUCGAGGCUAGAAUUGAAGCGAGACGAGCAUGGAGAGCAGCGUACAUGAAAGAAUAUCGGGCUCGAAAAAAACGCCAGACAGAUGUUGUACACGAUCGAGUUAGCGCUAAAAUAUCGAGAGAGAGAAUUGAAGAUUCAACGCCUGAUAAACCUCUUAAUAAAUUGCAGCAAAAAAGGAUGCAAUUAACCGCGAAUUCACAAAACUACCGAACCCGGAAAAGAAAUGGAAAUAAUGCAGCUGCAUUUGCCUCAAUCCAAUCAAUUGAAACAGACAGAAUAUCUGAACCUGAUUCCUACGAUUCAAAUGACGGUGAAUUAGUACUGAAGUUUGAGACCUCUGAUCCACAGUUGUCAACCUCUCAGAGCUCAUCCGAUUUUACAACAACAAUUGUCAAUAGGAGCACCAUGGAGAGUCCAACAAUGCGACAGAGCAUUAUGGAAGCUUCGCAAACCACCGCUCACAAUACACACACUAGUAAUCGCAACGAUUUAAUUAAUUGGAAUUUACAAUUUAUGAAGCUUGAGCCGGGCCGUCCACAACCUUCAACGUCGCUGAGCGCAUUCGAUUUGUAUAAAGAACAAAUUUUAGCGAUUGAAAAAGAAAAAGUAGAAUUAGAAAGGGAAAAAUUUAAAAUGGAAAGAGAAAAAUUUGAAUUAGAAAAAGAAAAA